UGUGAGUGAGACAUUCCACGUUCUGAGGAGCCGCUAACAUCGCUGCAGCACACUGAGCUUCAGUGUGUGUGGAGGAACGCUCUUUACCCACUCUGCCUACCUUUUACCUGAGACAUGGACGCCAUGUUAGCCAUUGUUUUACUGCUUCACCUGUCCACUAUGUGGGGCAGCGGCGCAGCCAACGUCCCACAGCUCAGACGCCAAAAGAGGGACUGGCUUAUCCCGACACAGAAGCUUAAAGAGAACGUCGACUACAGUGAAAGAGGCUAUGUUGCAAGGAUCAGGUCAGACAAGAAUGGAGGGAAGAACCUGUUCUACUCUCUGCAGGGUCAGGGGGCCAGUCAACCACCAGUGAACCUGUUCGUUGUAGACGAGAAUACUGGACUGGUGUAUGUCCGAGGAAAACUGGACAGAGAGAAGAAAGAAACCUACAUUGUGAGAGGAUGGGUCAGGUUUCCUAACGGCACCGUGGCUGAAGAGGGAAUAGACCUGAGGUUUGAUGUGGACGAUGAGAAUGAUAAUCCGCCUGUUUUUGCCCGCGUGCCUCCAGCUGCAGUCAAAGAGUCCAGUCCACCAGGGACUCUGGUUGCUGUGGUUACAGCUACUGAUGCAGACAAGGCCAACUGCAGCCAUUCAAAGAUUGCGUACAGCAUUCUGAAGCAGGAGCCCUCUGAUGGCAGAGACCUGUUCUACAUAAACAGAUACAACGGAUCCAUCUAUGUCAAAGAAAACACCUUGGACAGAGAGAAACAAAGCCUCUACAACCUAACAAUUAAAGGAACGGAUAUGGGUGGAGCUCCUGGAGGCAACACAGGCACCGGAACUAUUCUUAUCAAAGUAGCAGACAUCAAUGAUAACAAACCCGUCCUGGAAAAAGAUGAGUACUCAGGCAGCAUUAUGGAGAACACAGCGAAGAAGGAGGUCAUGAGGUUCAAAGCGCUGGAUGCUGAUGAGGAGAAAACUGACAACUGGCUGGCUGUUUUUCACAUCGUCAGCGGAAAUGAAAAUGGAACGUUCAGCAUAAAGACCGAUCCCAAAACCAACGAGGGUGUCCUGAUGCUUGAAAAGCCUGUUGAUUUUGAGGAGAAUCCUGAUAUCAACCUGGGAGUGGUAGUAUCCAAUGUGGCCCCAUAUCCGUGGGGAGACGAUGGUGAUGGUGGUUGGAGUUCUGGGACUGGCGGCACAGCUAAAAACCCCGGCAACAAAAAGAAGCCAAUAAAAGGCAAAGUUUACCCAGUGAGCAUCACAGUGGAGAACGAGCCCGAGGGGAUCACCUUCAAACCCUCAACGAAACCUGUGGCGGUUUCAGAGGACCCAAAGAAAAAUACAUUAAUGAAGGUGAUUGCCGUGUUUGCAGCCAGCGACGCUGAUAGUGGAAAGCCUGCAGAGAACGUUCGAUAUGCUAAAGGCUAUGAUCCUGAUAACUGGCUGCUGAUCGACCCCGAAACAGCAGAGAUUAAACUUCAAAAGUACCCAGACAGAGAGUCUCCAUUCCUGGUUAAUGGGACCUACUACGCCAAGAUACUGAGUAUGACUCAUGACCUGCCUGUUAAGAUGGUCACUGGAACAAUAGCGUUGCAGGUGGGAGAUGUGAAUGAUAACUGCCCCUCACUGACCAGCAAUAUGAAGGCCGUCUGCUCAGACACUCAAAUCAUUAAUGUCACGGCAGUGGAUGUGGAUGGAGACCCAAAUGCAGCCCCUUUCAACUUCAGCAUUGUGACAGAGAAGAGUCAGGGAGAGUGGAGGCUUGAACCUUUGAAUGAUACCAGUGUAUCCCUCAGGGCUUUGAAACCGCUGUGGCCUGGUCGCUACAAGGUUGUCUUCAUUAUCAAGGACAAACAGGGUCUGGCCUGCCCAGACCCCCAGUACCUGAACCUACAUGUGUGUUCCUGUGAGGGAGGAGAGACCUGUAAAGCAGCCAGGAGUCAAAGUCAAGGAGCGAUUGUCAAGAAAUCCACGUCCAAAUUUGCAGGACUGGGAGUGGGGGCACUGAUCCUGGGAUUUCUGGCACUGCUUCUCGCAGGUCUCUUACUGAUGUCCUGCUCGUGUGGACACAUGUCAGGGAGCUUCUCUGAGCUUCCUUUUGAAACCAAAGAUCACCUGAUUGUCUAUCACACAGAGGGCCGAGGAGAGGACAAGGACGUCCCCCUGCUCAGCUCUCCAGUCCAGAUGUCACCCGCUGUAAUAUCUGCUGCACAGGCCAACAAAGUAGCUUCAAAAGCCAACCCGAACACAACAGCUGCCUUCAUGCCUCUGAACAUGGGCACUGCCCAGAUCGGGUUUGAGCCAACAAGGAUGCAGCAGAGCAGCUUCGAAGAGUACGGGGAGAGCUGGAGAGAGAUGUACGCAAUGGCAGAACAAUAUGACUGCCUGGAUGACAUCGCCCUACCUGAUAUGUUUCUGCAUGAGUACUACACACAGAAGGCGAGCUGUGCAGCAGAGAUGCAGACAUCGAGGGAUUGUCUGCUGGAGUAUGAUUUUGAGGGCCAGGGCUCCUCUGCCGGCUCAGUGGGCUCCUGCAGCCUCGUGGGAUCUGACCACGACCUGCAGUUCCUUAAUGACCUCGGACCAAAGUUCAAGACCCUGUCUGACAUCUGCUCUCCUCCUAGACCUCCAACUCCUCCCACACGUCAAAGUAUUGUCAUCCCAGUGGUAGAUAAAGUUGACCACAUUUCUGGGCCCAAAUUGGAGACAGCUAAACCACCCAGUAUCCAUGGCGAGAGCACAGAGUGCAACCAGAAUGUCAGCAUCAGCCAGUCGUCCACCAGUGUCAUGGGCUUUAAUGGAGCAGCUUCCAGCAGCAUGCAUAGGCAGGCUUCACUCAGCAACAGUAGCAUGGCUCAGUCAUGUCAUGUUAGUCCUGCUACCAGAGCAAUGCUGCCUCCUGCUGGACAGGUACUCCUCCUACAGCAGCAGCAGCCUCUCUACUACGCUGCCAGUCCCAUGUUGCAGCCGAUGCCCUACGUAGUCCAACCACAGCUUCAGAGCACUGUGCUGCUGGCUGAGCCUCCUGUCGCCAACCUGCAGGGCAUGAUUCUGCUGAACGGGAUGUCUGGACACGCUGAACACGUCAUGCAAGGGGGAAAGACUGCCGGGACUGUAGCUCUUGUUAGGAGAACAGGCAACGGUGUGGUUGAGAUGAACCAGGGAAUGGGGACAUGGGUGAGGUCUGAUGGGCAAGGGGAGGUCAUGGGUGUCAGGAGGAAUGGUCGACGGAUCAAGUCAGAGGGUGGAGGAAAGGCUGAAUAUAGUAACAUACAGACAGUGAUAGGUACACACAUUGAUGCGGGGGCAACAGGGACUGAGGAGGUUCAGACAAGGCUGAGGUCUGAUGCCCAAGGAGAGGUCAUGGGUGUCAGGAGGAAUGGUCAAUGGAUCCAGUCAGAGAGCGGAGGAAGGGCUGAAUAUGGUAACAUACAGACAAUAAUAGGUGUACACAUUGAUGCGGGGGCAACAGGGACUGAGAAGGUUCAGAUGGACCAGGGCAUGGGCACAUGGGUGAGGUCUGAUGGCCAAGGAGAGGCAAUGGGUGUCAGGAGGAAUGGUCGAAGGAUCAAGUCAGAGGGUGGAGGAAGGGCUGAAUAUAGUAACAUACAGACAAUGAUAGGUGCACACGUUGAUGCAGGGGCAACAGGGACUGAGAAGGUUCAGAUGAACCAAGGCAAGAGGACAAGGCUGAGGUCUGAUGGCCAAGGAGAGGUAAUGGGUGUCAGGAGGAACAGUCAACAGAUCAAGUCAGAGAGUGGAGGAAGGGCUGAAUUCAGUACUGUAGAGACAAUGAUAGGUGCACACACUGAUGCAGGGGCAACAGGUGCUGAGCAGGGGCAGAUAGGAAACAAGACAAGAACUAGGUCGACAGCAUCAGCAGACACAGGUUUCAUGGGUUUCAUACAAAAUACCUUCUCAAGUAACAUUGAACAUCAAUAGAUUCCCUUAUAUACUGACAAGGAAAUACAAUACAAUACUGAAUAGUCCAAUACCUAUACAAAUUUAACAAAUAGUAAUAGCAGUUAACAUACCAGAUCUGUUCAAUGUCCAUCAGUGAGACUGAUCAGAAAAAUAGAUGUGGAAACUAUGGUUUAGGCUGAAUAUUCCAUCAGUAAUCAGUGCAAAUAUUGAUCAAAUGGUGCCAAUUCAUUACAGUGAGAGAAUAGCCAGAAAUCCUUCCCCUCCCUUGACUUCUCCUUGACAAGUGUUAUUAAUGUAAUGAUUCAUUUUGAAACACAGUAUUGCAUUGUUCAAAAUUACAAUUUCUAACAUAUUCUUUUACAUUCACUGUAUAAUAAAUCCAAUUUUUUACAUCUUGUAAAGUCACAAAACUUAGAAAGUGACUUGUGUAAGAACGAAAAUGAAAUAUCUUUGUGUUCUAUUUUUAUCCCAUUGUAAUUGUAUGCUUGCUUUCAGAUGUAAUGUAUAAAUAUAUGUAUAUACUAAACCAGUGCAGCUUUUGUGCAACACCUCACUGUGAAGAAUGAAAGAGUUUGGACAAGUGUGUGUUUGUGGUGAGUGAGACAGAGAGAGAAAAGGGUGGAUUUCACAUCUGGUUCUUGUUGGUUGUUCUGACACUAGAGGGCAGUAGAGAGCUACUGUGUGCAGCACUGUAAGAAGCUUGAACACAAAGUGAAAGCAGAGACGCCCUUUCUCCCUGUAAACUCUGUCGUAGGAUAUUGUUCCAGAAAUGAUCAAAUGCUGCCACUGACUAACAUGGAUUCAUAGUGUUCCACUAUUAGGAAGACAUACAAGCACAAUUAAAACAUUUGGCUCUUUAAAGGCCCAUUGCUUAUAGUCAGUUUAGAGAUUACAUGGUCUGGUGGAGGGUAAAUACUGAAAAUAACAUCAAGAAGACUAAUGCAUACAGUUGUUAUCGGAUACAGUUUGUAUAUCCAAACAUGUUUUGCAUCAGGCUGUUUAUAUGGGUUUAGAUAUUUCAGGAAAUAAGAUUGAGUUGUAUGAUUGCUGUGCAGUACAGCUCUAAAGCUCUUUCUGUACAUUUUGGUUGAUUUAACUCUGGGGUCAUUUUUGAGGCUGUGAUUUGUGGUGCUGUUGAAGAAAUAUUCUGCUUCAGUCAGUGUUGGUGAGGGUUUGCUUGUUUCUAGUGUUCCUCUUUGCUGAUGAACUCUCUGAACUGUUGAACCCCAGCUGAUGACCAGUUUGGUUCAAACUUCUCUUUGUGCCACCUUACAUAACUUUGAUACAGCAAUUUGGACAGCAGCUCCGGCCUCUUUUUACCCCCUUAACCCCUGCCCGGGUUGCUUCAUUUGGGCUUGGAAACUCAUUUCAAACAGCUGUGAAUGGCAGAGGUCAUAUUCAACUUCAUACCACUCCUUGUGGAAAAAGGCUGUACUUUUUACGACCAUAUAUCAAUAAAGAAUA